UGGCGGCGGGCGGCCGGGGCGCCUGAGGCGGCCGAGGGGCCGGGAUGGUAAGAUGAGCCAGGGGAAGAAGAAGAAGCGGGCCGCCAACCGCACCGUCACGCUGGCCAAGAAGAUCAUCAUUAAGGACGGGGGCACGCCUCAAGGUAUAGGUUCACCUAGCGUUUAUCAUGCGGUUAUAGUGAUCUUCUUGGAGUUUUUCGCAUGGGGAUUAUUGACAGCACCCACAUUAGUGGUGUUACAUGAAACCUUUCCCAAGCAUACAUUUCUAAUGAAUGGACUAAUUCAAGGAGUAAAGGGGUUGUUGUCCUUCCUCAGUGCUCCUCUGAUUGGUGCUCUUUCAGACGUUUGGGGUCGGAAGUCUUUCUUGCUGCUAACAGUAUUUUUUACCUGUGCACCAAUUCCACUAAUGAAGAUCAGUCCAUGGUGGUACUUUGCUGUUAUCUCUGUAUCCGGAGUCUUUGCUGUAACUUUCUCCGUGGUAUUUGCAUAUGUGGCAGAUAUAACUCAAGAACAUGAAAGAAGUAUGGCUUAUGGACUGGUUUCAGCGACAUUUGCCGCCAGCUUAGUAACGAGCCCUGCUAUCGGUGCCUACCUUGGGCGAGUGUAUGGGGACAGCUUGGUAGUGGUGUUAGCCACAGCGAUAGCUUUGUUGGAUAUCUGCUUUAUCCUUGUUGCUGUGCCCGAAUCAUUGCCCGAGAAGAUGAGGCCAGCAUCCUGGGGUGCGCCUAUUUCCUGGGAACAAGCUGACCCCUUUGCAUCCUUAAAGAAAGUGGGACAAGAUUCCAUAGUGCUGCUAAUCUGCAUAACGGUGUUUCUUUCUUACCUCCCGGAGGCAGGCCAAUAUUCCAGCUUCUUUCUAUACCUCAGACAGAUAAUGGAAUUUUCACCUGAAAGCGUUGCAGCAUUUAUAGCAGUUCUUGGUAUCCUCUCCAUCAUUGCACAGACUAUUGUCUUGAGUUUACUUAUGAGGUCAAUUGGAAAUAAAAACACAAUUCUACUGGGUCUCGGAUUUCAAAUAUUGCAGCUGGCGUGGUAUGGCUUUGGCUCAGAACCUUGGAUGAUGUGGGCCGCGGGGGCUGUAGCAGCCAUGUCUAGUAUCACCUUCCCGGCUGUCAGCGCCCUGGUCUCACGGACAGCCGAUCCUGACCAACAGGGUGUUGUUCAAGGAAUGAUAACUGGAAUUCGAGGAUUAUGCAAUGGGUUAGGACCAGCUCUGUAUGGCUUUAUAUUCUACAUAUUUCACGUGGAACUGAACGAGCUCCCAAUGACGGAACCAGAUUUAGGCGCCAAUCCGAGCCCUCAUCACCACUCCCAGCAGAAUUCCAUCAUUCCCGGUCCCCCCUUCCUCUUCGGAGCCUGCUCAGUGCUUCUGGCUCUGCUUGUUGCCUUGUUCAUCCCAGAACACACCAAUUUGAGCGUGCGGUCCAGCAGUUGGAAAAAGCACUGCGGUGGCGGCCACGGCCACCCCCACAGCCCCCAGGCCCCAGGUGAGGCCAAAGAACCUCUACUUCAGGAUACAAAUGUAUGACCGCGAGGGCCGGUGACACUUUGAGAGCGGCCCUUAGGUCUUGGUUUCGCUCCUGCAGUUUGGGAUGUACCUCCCAUUCCCUUUCCAUCCAAAAUCGAAUUUCUUAAGAUUGCCUUAAGAAACGUACCUGCAUGAAAUACGAAGAAACCACACGAGGAACUUUCUCCAAAGAUGUUACAGUGGAAGGUUUUUGGUGUUUUGUUUUUUUUUUAAUUCUUGUUUUUCAUAAAGAAACCUGUUCAGCAUUGUUCUCGCCACUAAAUUGUUACUUUUUUAAAAGCUUAGUUCUGGUAAAAAAAAAAAAAAGAUAUAUAUCGAGGGUGCUCCAUAUGCCCAGAAACCAUUCCCUUGAAGGUGUUGAGCUUUAUUUCUAUUUAUGUGGAGUCUGAGAGACAGUUUAGGACCCCCUUCGUUUUGAUGCUGUAAAAAUUGAUUCAGAGCCUUAAUGCAGAUGCACUUCAGUAAGGAGAAGGUAAAUUUGUUUGCAUUUUUAAGAAGCACUCUUGGUUUUGAAAGAUUUGUACUGGUAAAAAUCAUGUUUUGAGCCGUGCAAGCUAACAGUGAAGUUUGGGGGCCGGGGGGGGGGGGGGGGGGGGUGUUUUGUUUGUUUGUUUUUAAACUUGUCUAUUACUCUGGUCAAUUUGGGCACAGCCUAGCAACAGAUAGAAUCUAAAUGGGUAGGUGUUUAGAGCCUCAAAAACUUUAAAAUGUUGGCUCCAACUCUGCUUUCCAAAAGUAGCUUCUUAUAAUACCACUAUUAUUUUGAUAUUUGCUUAAUCAUAGACCUCAACACUUGAAUACAUAAACUGAAAACUAUACCGUCAGCUGAUAGCCUUGAAAAUGUCAAUUUGCUAGAUACAUAUAUUCAUAAAAACUAUUAUAUAAAUAUAUAUAUAUAUAUAUCUCUGUAUACAUCUAUGCAGCUAUAUAGAGAUAUAUAGAUAUGCCUUUCAGGACUGUCCUAGUAACACUUAGAGCUAAUGUUUGUCCUAAAUUUUCAGGACCCUAGAAGAGAGCUUUAUACAAAUUACUGAUGUGAAUUUCUCUAAAGUGUAUAUUUUUGUGUCCAGUUAUAUUAUUUAAAAAAAGUGUUACUUUGUAUAAAUUGUGUAUAAAGUAUUGUAUAGUUUUAAAAUGG